AUGAAUACUUCAGGUUUGUUUUUAAAAUCUUUAAAAGCCUCAACUAGAGCCUCAAAUAAAUGUUUCUUCAGCUCAUCAACUGAAUUAAAGAAAACAUCAUUAAACCAAUUACACAAGGAAUUGGGUGGUAAGAUGGUACCAUUCUGUGGUUGGGAAAUGCCAGUACAAUACCCAGCAGGUGUUUUAAAGGAACAUAUGCAUUGCAGAAAAGAAUCAUCAUUAUUUGAUGUUUCACAUAUGGGACAAUUAAGAUUCCAUGGUAAAGAUCGUGUUAAAUUUUUCGAAUCAAUUGUUGUUGCAGAUUUACAAUCAUUAGCAGCAGGUCACUCAAAAUUAUCAGUAUUUACAACUGAAAAUGGUGGUAUUAUCGAUGAUACCAUGAUUACAAAUGCAGGUGAUUCAUUAUAUGUCGUAGUUAAUGCUGGUUGUGCCGAUAAAGAUAUUGCACACAUUAACCAACAAAUGAAGUUAUUUAAAGAGAAGGGAAAUGACGUCUCUAUGGAAUUAUUAGAAGAUCUUUCAUUAAUUGCUAUUCAAGGUCCAGCCACCGAAGUUAUUCUUCAAAAAAUGGUUAAACAAGAUAUCACCAACAUGGAGUUUAUGACACAAAGAGUUAUGAACAUUGCUGGUAUUGAUUGUAUUGUUACACGUUGUGGUUACACUGGUGAAGACGGUUUUGAAAUUUCAGUUCCAUCCAAUAAAGCCGUUCAAUUAGCUGAAAUCCUUUUAUCGACUAGUAAUGCCAACUCUGAACAUGGUAUUAAACCAGCUGGUUUAGGUGCACGUGAUUCACUUCGUCUUGAAGCUGGUCUUUGUUUAUAUGGUCACGAUUUAAAUGAUCAAAUUAGUCCAAUCGAAGCCUCAUUAAAUUGGUUAAUCAGCAAACGUCGUAGAGAAGAAGGCGGUUUCCCAGGUGCCUCAAAAAUUCAACAACAACUUAAAGAUGGUGUAUCUCAAAAACGUGUUGGUCUUAUCGUUGAAGGCUCUCCAGCCCGUGAAGGUUCUUUAAUUUUAGAUCCAUCAAACAAUCAAGAAAUCGGUCGUGUUACAAGUGGUACACUCUCACCAGUUACCCGUCAAGCCAUUUCAAUGGGCUAUGUCAGUACUCCACUCUCUAAAGUUGGUACAAAAGUUAAUGUUAGUGUCCGUAAUAAAAUUAUUCCAGCUACAAUCUCAAAAAUGCCAUUUGUACCAACCCAUUAUAAAAAAAUUUGA